AUGACAAAUAUUCAUAUAAUACCAGGCGAACUUACUACAACAGAUACUAUUGAACCAGAACUUCAUUAUGGUCCAUAUUUGCGUGAUUGUUGUUUACAACCCGGUUUCGUAUGUGAAGGAAGUGGACAAAGUAGUAGUAUCAUGACAAGUUCCUCUGCAGCAAGUACUUCAGUUUAUCAAACUGUUUUUGGUACAAAGACAAAAAUUGCUAGACUUUCAUAUUUAGGUUUAGAACAACCUAAAACAUUUCAAAAAUUACUAAAAGAUAUUACAUUUCGUCCUUUUAUUGUUAAAAUAGAAAAUUUAUCUAUUUUUGUUAGUUCCCUUGGUAAAAUUACACGUUCAAACCAUAGUGUAAAACAAACUGGAAUUCUAAGAUUUAUCUCGAGUGAUUCUUUAUUCGCUAUAAACCACCCUAUAACUUUACAAAACUUGGAUAAAGCAUAUAAAACUAGAUUUUUUCAUCAACAACUAAUGCCAGACAAAUGUACACUUGCAAAUUGGGAUAACAGAAUAAUUAUGGAAUAUUUAUUUGACCUACAUUUAAAAAAAGCUGUUAGUAAAUUUUCUGAAGAAUGGUAUCAAGUUUUUCAAAAUUGGAAACAACAAAAAAAUAACAUCAUCGAAUUAUAUACUCAUCUUAGUAAAAUAUAUGGAUCAAAUUAUGAGUUUCAGGAACGUGAAAUGAGAGUAUGGCGUGUGAUAUUCUGUGCAACUGGAUGCACAAAGAUUACACCAUACAAUAAACAAUUUUCUAAA